AUGCCUAAAUCAAGUUCUGUAUUACGAUGCUGUAAAGGCUUCUCCCUCACUGCUCCCCGGCCACUCACUGCUCCCCGGCCCCCAACUGUUCCCCAGCCCUUCACUACUCCCCAGCCACUCACUGCUCCCGCCCCCAACUGUUCCCCAGCCCUUCACUACUCCCCAGCCACUCACUGCUCCCCCGGCUACUGCUCGCCCCUACUGCUCCCGGCCACCUCCUGCUCCCGGCCCCCCUGCUCCCCGGCCACUCACUUCUCCCAGCCUCCUGCUCCCCAGCCACCUUCUCCCAGCCCUCACUUCUCCCCAACCACUCUCACUUCUCCCCGGCCACUCACUUCUCCCCGGCCCACUCACUGCUCCCCGGCCACUCCUGCUCCCGACCACUCACUUCUCCCCGGCCACUCAAUUCUCCCUGGCCACUCCUUCUCCCCGGCCACUCACUGCUCCCCAGCCCUCCCCACUUCUCCCCAGCCACUCCUUCUCCCCGGCCACUCCACUUCUCCCCGGCCACUCACUUCUCCCCGGCCACUCCUGCUCCCCGGCCCUCCCUCUCCCCAGCCACUCCUCUCCCCAGCCACUCCUGCUCCCCAGCCACUCCUUCUCCCCGGACCUCCCUGCUCCCCGGCCCCCACUGCUCCCCGGCCACUCCUUCUCCCCGGCCACUCCUUCUCCCCGGCCACUCACUGCUCCCCGGCCACUCACUGCUCCCCGGCCACUACUUCUGCCCCGGCCACUCACUGCUCCCCGGCCACUCACUUCUCCCCGGCCACUCACUGCUCCCGGCACUCACUGCUCCCCGGCCCCCCUGCUCCCCGGCCACUCACUUCUCCCCGGCCACUCACUUCUCCCCCCGGCCACUCCUGUCCCCGACCCUCCUGCUCCCCGGCCCUUACUUCUCCCCGGCCCUCCUGCUCCCCGGCCACUCACUUCUCCCGGCCCUCCUGUCCCCGGCCCUCCUGCUCCCCGCCUCCUGCUCCCCGGCCACUCCUGCUCCCCAGCCACUCCUUCUCCCCGGCCACUCACUUCUCCCCGGACCUCCUGUCCCCGCCCCCCCUGCUCCCGGCCACUCACUUCUCCGCCACUCCCUUCUCCCCGACCCUCCUGCUCCCCGGCCACUCCUGCUCCCAGCCCUUCUUCUCCCCGGCCACUCACUUCUCCCAACCACUCCUUCUCCCCGGCCACUCCUGCUCAGACCCUCCUGCUCCCCGGCCCUCACUGCUCCCCGGCCCCCCCCCUGCUCCCGGCCACUCCUUCUCCCCAGCCCUCCUUCUCCCAGCCUCCUGCUCCCGGCCACUCCUGCUCCCCGGCCCUUACUUCUCCCCGGCCCUCCCUGCUCCCCAGCCCUCACUUCUCCCCACCUCCUGCUCCCCGGCCACUCCUGCUCCCCGGCCACUCACUGCUCCCCGGCCACUCACUUCUCCCCGGCCACUCCCACUUCUCCCCGGCCCUCACUUCUCCCCGGCCCUCCUGCUCCCCAGCCCUCCUGCUCCCCGGCCCUCACUUCUCCCCGGCCACUCCUGCUCCCCAGCCACUCCUUCUCCCCGGCCACUCACUGCUCCCCAGCCUCCUGCUCCCCGCCUCCUGCUCCCAGCCACUCCUGCUCCCCGGCCACUCCUUCUCCCCGGCCACUCCUGCUCCCCGGCCCUCCUGCUCCCAGCCACUCACUUCUCCCCGGCCACUCCUGCUCCCCGGCCACUCACUUCUCCCCCAGCCCUCUGCUCCCCGGCCUCCUGCUCCCGGCCACUCCUGCUCCCCAGCCACUCCUGCUCCCCGGCCCUCCUGCUCCCCGGCCACUCCUGCUCCCCAGCCUCCUGCUCCCCGGCCACUCCUUCUCCCCAGCCACUCACUUCUCCUGACCCACUCCUUCUCCCCGGCCACUCCUGCUCCCCAGCCCUCCUGCUCCCAGCCACUCACUUCUCCCAGCCCACUCACUGCUCCCCAGCCACUCACUUCUCCCCGGCCACUCCUGUCCCCGGUACUCACUGCUCCCCGGCCACUCCUGUCCCCGGCCCUCCUUCUCCCCGGCCACUCACUUCUCCCCCGGCCACUCCUGCUCCCCGGCCACUCACUGCUCCCCGGCCACUCCUGCUCCCCGGCCACUCACUGCUCCCGGCCCUCCUCCCCGGCCUCCCUGCUCCCCAGCCUCCUGCUCCCCCGGCCUCCUGCUCCCCAGCCACUCCACUGCUCCCCAGCCUCCUGCUCCCCGGCCACUCACUGCUCCCCAGCCCUCCUGCUCCCCUGACCACUCACUUCUCCCCCGGCCACUCCCUGCUCCCCGGCCACUCCUGCUCCCCGACCCUCACUUCUCCCGGCCCCCACUGCUCCCCGGCCCUCACUGCUCCCGGCCACUCCUGCUCCCCGGCCUCACUUCUCCCCGGCCACUCACUGCUCCCCGACCACUCACUUCUCCCCGGCCCCCUGCUCCCCAGCCCUCCUGCUCCCCAGCCACUCCACUGCUCCCCGGCCCUCACUGCUCCCCGGCCACUCACUGCUCCCCGGCCACUCCUGCUCGACCACUCCUGCUCCCCCCGGCCACUCACUGCUCCCAGCCACUCACUGCUCCCCGGCCACUCCUGCUCCCCAGCCCCUCCACUGCUCCCCCACUGCUCCCCGGCCUCUUGCUCCCCGGCACUCACUGCUCCCCGGCCACUCCUGCUCCCCCGGCCACUCCUGCUCCCGGCCCUCCUGCUCCCCGGCCACUCCACUGCUCCCCUCCUGCUCCCAGCCUCCUGCUCCCCGGCCACUCACUGCUCCCCCUUACUGCUCCCCGGCCACUCCUGCUCCCCAGCCACUCCUGCUCCCCAGCCUCACUGCUCCCCCCGGCCACUCCUGCUCCCCAGCCCUCCCUGCUCCCCAGCCCUCCUGCUCCCCCAGCCACUCCUGCUCCCCAGCCACCCCACCAGUAUAAGCUCUUGA